UCAAGGUCAAGGAAGUGGUGGCCAGCACGGUCGGUGUUCAGGGGAGUUGCGCUUCCUCGUAACGUCACUCCCGUGUCGCCCGCUGCGCUUCCGAUGUUACAUAAUAAAGCGUAAUACAGACGCGGUUGCUUCCAGGGGCAAUGUCCGAAAAGCUACGAAGAUGCAGAAAGGAGCUGACCGCAGCCAUUGACCGCGCCUUUGAGGGAGCCAGCCAUUCCCAGGAGGGCCCAGGCCCGCGGAGGCCGCCCGCCCUCGCGCCGCCGCUGCACAGGCUGCUCUGUCGGCGACAUCCGCUGGCCGCCUGCGCCUUGGCCACCGCCCCCUGUGCCCCCGAGAAUGACAACCCUGCCUUUGCGCCCAUCCACGUCCCAGCAAGCACAAAGCCGCAGGCUUUAUGCACCCAGAGAAAGCCUCUGAGCAGCAAGGAGAACGUGUUGGCGCACUCCUCCCUGCUGGGCCCUGAAAGACAGUUUCGGAAAGCAGCGGGAGCUGGGGAAGGCUGGAGGAAAGAAUGUUUAAGGAGAGACUUGGAGAGAGAUCUGAAGGUUGAUUCAAACAUGCCACUCAGCAGUUCCAGCCAGGAGGUGACAAAAGAUCUGCUUGAUAUGAUUGACCACACGAGCAUUCGGACUAUUGAAGAAUUGGCCGGGAAGCUAGAAUUUGAAAACGAGUUGAACCAUGUCUGUGGUCACUGCCAAGAUUCACCCUUCAAGGAGGAAGCCUGGGCCCUGCUCGGGGACGAGAGCCCUCAGAAGGCCUCAGAUGCCAACCCUGGUGGCCUCAAGCAGGCUUUCGACGAGCACAAUAUCAUCGAGACUGUCCUGGACCUGGAAGAGGACUACAGUCUGAUGACCUCUUUUAAAUACCAAAUUGAGUAAGGCCGGUCGUCUUAGCUUUGCAUCUUCCUAGCAGGAGUUUGCCCUAAAGGAUCCGGGCAGGCCCAGCUGCCAGUGUCCCUGAGGGUGACAUUUCAAAGGGUAGGCCGAACCUGAAUUACUACACCCUUUUUAACUUCCGCUUCUGUCCCUUUGUGAGCUGAGAGCCCAGGUUUUGUAUUCUGUUGCUUCAAAAUGUUUCUUACUGUUGACUUU